AUGGAAAACAUGAACAAAACAGAGGCGUUCAGAUUUAUUCUCAUUGGACUCUCCACCAACCCUUAUCUACAGAGUCUUUACUUUAUAUUAUUCUUGCUGAUGUACAUGGUCACUGUACUAGGGAAUGUUCUCAUUAUUUUAGUGGUAAGGAUGGACACUCGGCUUCAGACACCCAUGUACUUUUUCCUCAGUAACCUCUCCUUCAUUGAUCUCUGUUUCUCUUCCACUAUUGUGCCUAAACUUCUGAUAAAUACUUUGGCCAAAGACAAAAGUAUCUCCUUCUUAGGAUGUGCAAUUCAAAUGUAUUUCCACUUAGCCUUGGGUGGAACAGAGUGUAUUAUUUUGGCAAUUAUGGCCUAUGAUAGAUAUGUGGCUAUUUGCAACCCUUUACGCUAUAACAAUAUUAUGAACACACAGAUGUGUAUUCAGUUAGCUGUUGGGACUUGGUGUGCAAAUUUUCUGAACUCAGUGUCCCAUGCCUUCUUCACCUUCCAUUUGCCAUUCUGUAGAUCAAAACAUGUUGACCAUUAUUUCUGUGAGAUGCCUCCUCUCUUCCGCUUGUCUUGUAAAGACACAUUAAUGAAUGAAAUAGCAGUAUAUGUCUCUGGUGGACUAGUGGCCCUCCUUGCAUUCGUGCUGACGCUCAUGUCUUAUGUCCAAAUCAUUUCCACCGUCCUGAAGAUCCACUCAACCAAAGGGAGAUACAAGGUUUUCUCAACUUGUGCCUCACACCUUACAGUGGUCUGCCUUUAUUAUGGUACCAUUGUCUUCAUGUACAUGCGUCCCAGGAAUAGUUAUUCACCUGAGAAAGAUAGGGCAGUGUCCAUUCUGUAUACGGUGAUUACUCCGAUGGUCAAUCCAAUCAUCUACAGCAUAAGGAACAAGGAAGUGAAAGGAAGUCUAAAGAAGAUGCUGCUACCAAAGGUCAAUUCUUAA